AUGGUGGAGGAUAGGAAUGAUGUAAAGAUCACGAGUAUUUUGGAGUUGUUCAAUACAAAACCGGACAGACUUGAGUCUUCCAGAGAGUAUUUCGAUAGACUGAAAGGGUAUGGUUCGGGGCUCAAUCCUGAAUUUUUGUCGGUGCAUUUUAUGUUGAAUUGUCAUAAUGAAAAGCUAAAAACAAGGUUGAUUGAAGAAAAUACUACAGAGAUUAAUAUUAUAGAGGACAUUGUUGUCAAAUUUGAAUCGUUGGAGAUCAAUAAUAAUAAAACAGAUGUAGAGAAAGAUUCUUGGAGAAGAGAGGAUAGAACCUAUUGGCAAGGCUUUUCGUCUUGGAAAGAGAACAAGCAGACUUUUAAGGCCAACAACAACGGCAGCAGCAACAACAACAACGGCAGCAGCAACAACAACAACAACAGCAAUUACAACAAUUUCAAAAAGACGGAGAUGAUACAAACCCCUUAUAAUUUAAGGCCAAUAAAUAAAAUUAAUUUUAUUAAUGAUAUUAUGAUUGACCUUCAAGUUAAUAAUUAUGAUUUUUGUGAUAGAUACUGGUUCUCCGGUGUCAUCCUUGCCCAUGAAAGAGUUUGA